AGCUCCAGCCUUGAGCCUAUACUUUAAAUUUAGUGUGUAUUGUAUUAUUAUUUAUUAAAUUUUCAAUUUGUUAUCACAUAUCAAGUUUCAACUUGAAGAUGAAGAUAAGAAUUUUAAAACGAAAAUAAAUGAUCAUUGAUUAAUUGCAAAAAGUCAUAUUAUUGUAUUUAUUUGUUAAAUAUAUUAAAGUACUUCUCGGGUUUAUCGUUGUUUCUGUUUUGAAUAUGAACUAGGCAUUUAUGCUGUAUUAUUAUAUUAAUAAUUAUUUACUAUGGAGUACGACAAUAAUGAAAAUACAUGGCGUAGAUCUUCCUCGCCCAAGAUACAAGGUUCAUCUUGUAGCUCCCUGCCACAUAGACCCACAACAACAGCAGUGAUCGUCCUGGGCUUAGCAGUGUUAAGUUGUUUGAUGGGAUAUUGUGUUCUAAGUGAAACCCUUCCUUACGAAUCGAAGACCUUACGACUAGUAGUCAUUUUUUUCCGGCAUGGUGCUCGAACACCUGUAUCAUCUUAUAAAAGUGAUCCUUAUAAAAACUAUCAAUGGCCUAAUGGACUUGGGAGUCUCACCAAUACUGGCAAACUACAAAUGUAUGAAUUGGGAAGUAAAUACAGAAGUUACUAUGCAAAUUUUAUACCGGAAGAGUAUCAUGAUAAAGAUGUGUAUAUUCGAAGCAGCGAUAAAUCAAGGUGUAUGAUGAGUGCUUAUACAUUUUUAGCAGGAUUGUAUCCCCCCACGGAGAGACAAAUGUGGCACCCAGAGCUAGCCUGGCAACCUAUACCUGUUCAUUCACUCCCUAGAGAAAUUGACAAUAUAGUAGCAGGAACAAAGUCUUGCAAAUUGUGGAAAAGAAUGUACGAUGAAAUACUUGCCGAAAAGGAUUCAGAUCCUAAAUUUGUGGAACUUUUCGACUAUUUAAGUAAACACACAAAUCAAAGUUUGAGGAGUGUUGUGGAUGUAGACUAUUUGUACAGUACUCUCCAAACUGAACAGGAGGCUGGAUUGAAACUGCCCGAAUGGACUAGGAAUGUGUUUCCAAAUAAAAUGAGAGAGCCAUUCAUGCUAAGUUUGGCCCUCAUGUCAUACAAUGAAUCAAUGCACAGAUUCAAAGCUGGACCCUUAUUGGGCGAUUUGAGGCAAAACUUACAAGAAGCAGUGAAUCACAUUAAUAUGGACAGGGCAUUAUAUAUAUACUCGGGACAUGACGUGAAUAUUGUUGCGUUUAUGAGAGCUCUGGGAUUCACACAACUUAUGGAACCGGAAUAUGGAGCAAGUGUUGUGGUUGAGUUACACGAAGAGGUCGAGCAGGACACAUUUUAUAUUAAGCUCUUUUAUAGAAAUAACACGAAAGUCGAAGUGCCAAUGGAGUUAAAGAUACCGCGUUGUGAAGAGCCUUGUACCUACAAAAGAUUCGAGCAUUUAAUUGAGACAUUUAUACCGACAGAUUGGGAGGCCGAAUGCCAAAACUAAUGAUAAACGAACAGCAAGACUUUCUUACAAUCUAUUAAUUUAUGUUGUCAUUACGUCGGUGAUAGUUCUAUGACGAUAUUUGAAGCCUUGCCGGUCUAAACGGCCAACCGCGUCAGUGACCAAAACAUCGUCAAAGAUUGAGCCAACCCGACCGCAUAGCAUUAUCACGUGCCUUAUUACGGUGUUAUGAUUUGGUGAAAUUGUUUUCAUACAAAAUUUAUCUAGAACGAUUAAUGAACAAUACUUAUUGUUUAUUUUUCCGUUUUCGUUCAGCUUCCGUUUUCGGACAGCUACACUCACAAAAGCAAACAUUUAAUUAAUUUUCUUUCUUAUGAAAAUGAGGGACGAGAUGAGCAGGACGUUCAGCUGAUGGUAAUUGAUACGCCCUGCCCAUUUCAAUGUACUGCCGCUCAGGAUUCUUGAAAAACCCAAAAAUUCUUUCAGGCACUAAAAUUGCGCUCGUCACAUUAAGACGAAUGAUAUUAAGUCUCAUUUGCCCACUAAUAUCAUUUUAUCUACGACACCCUUUAGACCGAAACACAGUAAUAUUUACACAUUACUGCUUCACGGCAGAAAUAGGCGCCGUUGUGGUACCCAUAAUCUAGCUUGUAUCCUGUGCAAAGGAGCCUCCCACUGGUAAUUAAUUACCUAUUACAUUAUAUACAUUAUUAUAUAAUGCAUGAAACCUGCUAAAAAUGUUCUAAUUGUUAAUUUGAUUCUCAAUAGAGAGUGAUGUCAAUAUUAUGUUUUAAAAUCAAGUGCAUAUUUUGUUUUUUAUUAUUAAUUUAAUAAUUGUUAUAUGCGGAUGUGAGUUAAACAUAAUUUAAAAACUUUGCGAACGAGGUUUUUAGUAAGGUAAUAAUUCAAUUUAUUUGAAAUACUUUUAUUUAAAAAGCACUUUAAAUCCCUACCGAACGUCAAAAUGACACAUGAAUUUAAAGUAUACGUCUCAGAGUUGAGGAGUUGUGCAAGAAACUCGGCCAACAUGUUUUUUUAAAUAAUUUAUUUAAUAGCCUGGUCGCUCCAUUCUCAAGGCGUAAUUAAGAAUUAUUAUUAAGAAAGUAAUUUUUGUUAUUGUUACCUUUACCACAUAAACAUUGUUUUAAUAUUUUUCUGGAAUGAUAUUGUUAAAGCAUAUAACAAAACACUUACUUACUCGACUUAACCGAGUAGUAGGCAUAACAAGUUUGCUUGUUCCUAGUAUUAACAUUUUCAUGAUCACAUCAUGUACCUACAUACAUUAUCAAGAAUAUAUCGACAUGCAAGAGUUAAUAUGAUAAUUUAUAUAUUUUUUUCUACGAAUUGUAUUUAUAUGGGCUGCUAAUACUCUUUCGUAAUUUAAAGUUGAUAUUAUUUUUGCUAAUAUGUACCUAUCUACGUAUUAAAAUAUUAUUGUUAUAAAAUGUUGUUAAAUGUAUGUGUUUGUUGUAAAAUUUAAAUAAAGUAUGGAUGUUGUCUGA